UUCUUUUGCUACCACAGGAACCGUGUUGGUGCCACAAGUGAAAGUUUAUGCCUUGGUCAUCACAUAUAGCAUGGGCUAGUAUCACUUUUCACACCUGCUUGGUUUAGCAACCGGAAGUGAUUGCAUUACCUGCUGUGCUGAGACCAACUGAGAAUAUUCUUAAUUCAGGUUCAAUGUCUUACCGGAAACAGAACCACAGGGACGGUCAGCGUUACGGCCACCAGCACAGCCAGACGGACGCAGAGAAUCAGGACGUCCAGGGCGCCUGCUCGAUUAUAGGUAGACUAUCACAUCUGCAAAGAGCCUGACUGUAGGGGAUCCUCUCACCAGGUGUCUACACCCCGAGAGACGUCGAUACCAAAGUCCAGACAAAAGCAAAUGAAUGCAGCCCCCAGCUUUCAGGGCAAGUCUGCAGUUCAAGGCUACAGUUUGGAGUAAUGAGACUGGGGGAGUGAAGGAGGCAGGUGUCCCAGUAGAGCAUUGGCAGACAAGUGGGAGACCAGGCAAGGAUGCUGGAGGCAGAUGCAGAACCAGCAGUUCAAGCAACAGAGAGAGAAGUGGAGGCAGAGAUGGGUAGCGGAGACAUGAGGGCUGAGGUGGCGAGGCUGACUCUGGAGCUCCAGGAGGCCACAGAGGAGAAGCUGCAGGCAGCACGCUAUGGCCUGGUGGUGCUGGAAGAAAGUGCUGCUCUCAAGAUGAAACACAGGCAGCUGGAAGAAGAGCAUGAAGCGCUCAAAGUGGAGCUACAGCAGCUCAAAGAGGCAUUUGCAGAUUCUGUGAGCAGCCAAAAGCGUGCAGCUGCAGAUGGAGAGUGCCGGGAGGAGAGUUUGCUGCAGGAGACUGCCAGUAAGGAGGCUGCCAUGGCAACCCGGAUGGAGGAAGUCCAGGCAGAGCUCAAGCAAGCACGCCUAGCUCUAAGCAAUGCUCACGCAGAAAUCGAUAGACUGGGUGUGUUCUCGACCCAACUAAAAAAGGAGUGUGAGUGUCUGGAGGCAGAAAAAGGCCACAUGAGGGAUGAGAUAAAGGAAUACAAAGUACGUGAAAUGCGCCAGUUGCAGGACAAUAGUGAGCUGGAGGAGGAAAACAUAUCGCUGCAAAAACAGGUGUCUGUGCUCAAGGAAAACCAGGUUGAAUUUGAAUCAAUAAAGCUAGAGCUGACCCAGAAGAAUGAGGAGCAAGAGGAGCUGCGCUCUCAGAUGGAGGAGGCUGCAAGGCUGAGGGAGAUAGCAGAGAGGCAGCUGGAUGAGGCCUUAGAAGCCCUGAAGGAGGAGAGGGAGCAGAAGAACAGUCUGCGGCGGGAACUCUCUGCCCUGACCCUGAACCCCUUUGAUUCUGUGGGGAACCUUGAGCUCCACCUGGAGCAGCUGGAUGACAGCCAGGAGGAGGGCCAGGGGGGAGAGGGGGAAGUUGAGGGAGAGGACCAGGACAGUGGCAUUAAUAAUGGUCCUGGGUCUGCUCCCGGUUCUGCUCACCCUCCUCACUCAGGGGGCUCAAAAAGUAAUGGCCUCAUCCAACGCUACUCCACUCCACGCAACAGUGACGUCUUCCUGCGCGCUCCAGCUUCAGGGCUGGUGUCGGACCUGCUGAGUGAGCUGCACUUCUCAGACAGUCAGAAACUAAAGCAGCAACUCCUACAGGCAGAACGAGAGAAGUCCUGUCUGGCAAGCAAGGUGGAGGAACUGCAGAUGCAGCUUGUGAUGUCAAAACAGGCACUCAGCCAGCAGGAGGACAAAGUUGGAUCCCUCACCCAGCAGUUAGAAGCUGUGCAGAGUAGUCAGCAACACAACCAGGAGGCAAAUGACAGGGGAGAUGACGAGACAGAGAAUGGAGACAACGCGGUCUUUGACUACGAGGUAGACACCAAGAGCAAAGAGGUGUUGGAGGCGCGCAUGCGAUCAGCCAGUGAGGAGCUUCUGAAGCUUCGAGAUGAACUGUCUCAAGCAGGAACUCGGUACAACACGCUAGAGCUGCGAUACAAACAGGAGAAGGACCGCUGGAGAGGGGAGGCCCAGGAGCUGGCUGACAAAAUCCGCCAGUGCAUCAAGUCCAGCAAGCAGGACCAGGAGCGCAUCGGUGAGCUGGAGAAGGAGAUUGGAGCCACACGGAAGGUGGCAAUCGAUUCAGAGGGCCACUUGAGUGUCGCCCAGGAGGAGCUGCUGGCCUUCUCUGAGGAGCUGUCCAACCUCUAUCACCACAUCUGUGUGUGCAACAACCUGACACCCAAACGAGUCACCCUGGACUAUUAUCGGGAUGGUGCCAGGGCGAGUGGUGGAGGAGGGGCUCGCAGAUCACACUACAUUUACCCCCAGCAGAAGAAGCCAAAAGCCAAUGACAUGUUCAUCUCCAAAGCUGCUGCACUGCAGUUUAUGGGGGAGGUGGACAGCGCAGGAACCAGCAACGCCCAACCAGAAUCUCCAAGCUGCCCUGGAUCCCCCACCUUGGAUUUCAGGGACCCCUCCAAUGUACGGAACUUGGUUGCUGUCAUCCGCUGCCAGAUCAAACACCUACGGGUUGCGGUGGACCUCUGUCGUCAGAGGGGUGCGAUUCCUUACUCCGGGUUGAGCAGCAGUGUUGAAGCAGAGCGGGAUGCAGAAAGCCUUCUUGAGGAAGUGCUUAAACUCAAGUCCCUUCUCAGCACCAAGAGAGAACAGAUAGCGACCCUCAGGACAGUCCUUAAGGCUAACAAACAGACUGCAGAGUUGGCCCUGUCCAAUCUAAAAACCAAGUAUGAGACUGAGAAGAGCGUGGUGUCUGAAACCAUGAUGAAACUACGGAAUGAGCUCAAAGCGUUGAAGGAGGACGCUGCUACCUUUUCUUCCCUGCGAGUCAUGUUUGCUAGCCGGUGUGACCAGUAUGUCACCCAGUUGGAUGAGAUGCAGAGGCAGCUGGCAGCAGCUGAGGAUGAGAAGAAGACCCUUAACUCUCUGCUGCGAAUGGCCAUACAGCAGAAACUGGCUCUCACUCAGCGUUUAGAGGACCUGGAGGCUCCUAUGUCUCCCCACAGUUUGAACAGCAGCCCCCGCCGCUCCCGCGCAAAAGAGCUGGCCGCCAAAUCAGGCCGGGCCCCACGCAGCCCCCGAAGCAGCCCUGCACGCCCACCACUGAGGAGCAGCCCACGAGCCAGCCCAGUUCUCGGCAGCAGUGUUCCCGCCAUGGCCACACACCACCUGAGGAGUCUGACCAGAAGCCUUCACACAAGCCCCCGCUGAGACGCUCCUUCCAUUACUCCAAACCCCCUCGUCUCCAUAAGGACCUGUCUUCAUGUUGACCCCCUGGCUCCCUCUUCCUCCUUUUCCUGACUCGAGACAUCCUGUCCAUCCCAGAUAUGAUGCAACAUUCCCCACUAUAACACCUGAUCCAUGGAUUUUUUUAAAUAAUAUAUCAAAAAAAAGACCAAAAAAAAAACCAAACAAAAAUCUCUCAUCCCGCCCUCCCUUUUGGUUUUUCUGCUCGGAGCGGAGAAACCUGCAUGCAGCCUGGAGAAGGAUGAAGAGACAAAUGUGCUGCUCAUUCCUCUGUGAAGUCAUUGACUGUGUCUUGUCCCGAGUGGAUCCAACUUCCAUCUGGUCUUGUUGAAGGCUGUGUGUUGUGGUGAACCAUUGACAGUAUUUAUUCUGGAAACUUGUCAUGUACAGUAUUCAAGCUUUGAUUGAAGCUUCUGAUUUGUUUUAAGGCUCUAAGUCUUUACUCUCUUGCCUUCUGUCCGGCACCCUGUUCAGGCCUGUCUGGCAUCUUUUAGUGUAAGUAAGCCAGUAGAUCAUCAGUGAUAGCCCUCCUAGGUAGUUGUUUUAAUAGAACAAUGCAGCCUUACUAACAGAUGUGCUAUCCUACGAGUAGAGAGCUUGAUAGUGCCUGUUUUGCAAAUUCAUGCCCUUUUUUAUCCUGUUUCUCAGCCACACCCUUUAACUAGAGGUCAGUAAACACACCAUUUAAAAAAUGGUAAUAAAUCAGCCAUAAGUUCACCACCUCAGGUCAGAUUAAACAAAAACAAGAUUUGGGAGAGCUUAAAUGUGCAUUUUACUUUGCAAACUAUGCAGACCAAGCCAGGACAGUGCCUGUAAAGUUCCUGCUGUUCCUUCACAUCAAAAUGGAUUGAAAAACCUGCUGCCAUCUGUGACUAUCAGUUGGCGUUGCAGCUAUUUUGCAACAGUAUUUGUUAAGGAAAGGAGAUUUUGCAAAUCUUUAGGGGUGCUACGUUGCAUUUAUUCAAGCAUCCCAUUUUAUGGAAAAAUACUUGCUUUAGGCUGUCAGAUAUAAAAACCCCAUCCCACACAUAGUAAGAAUUUUCACGGCUUGGUUUGCCUAAACUCUAACACUAACAUGUCAGACCAUGCUCAUUACUCCUGAUUGCAUAACCUCCAUCUGAACAGUCCUCAUUCAGCUUCUGCUUUUUCUCUCCUUUGAGCAGCUAAGCAACAAUGGUCAUGUGUAUUUCAUCACUCCAUGUCACUUUGCUUUUUUUGUGCUACCAAAGUAAGCAUGUCGUAACUGACUGGUGUUAAAGCAACACAGCAAGCUAGUUUUCUUCCCCUGUGACUCAAAGUGUCCAGUGUUUUCAGUUAGGAACGUCAAUAGUGCUAGCAGGCUGCUGUUUGGGUUGCUACUUGUAGAAAAAAACCCUUAAACCUGUUUUAAAAGCAUUACUAAGUGCUUUCACUCUAGUAGCACGUGACUGAAAACAAAGAGCAAAAUGUAACCAAAUUAACCCCCUACAUGACAUUGCUUCGCUAGUUGGAGCUCAACAAAAAAGCAGAGAAAAAUAAAAGUGUAAAUGAAAAUAUAACAUGGUUUGCUCGUAGAGUAGUGUAAUGCAAGGGCUCUGUAUUUGAUACAGCAGCACAUACUGUAUGUUAACAUUGGACCUAUAAUGACUCCUCAAUCAUUGAAUGCUGUUUCUGUCAAAUUUAAUUAACCUGACGACAUCAAUCUGAAUCUUUCAAACACAUUUUGAAAGGCUUUUGAAAAACAAUGGAAUAAAAGGUUGAGAUUUUGUUUUUUAAGCUCAAUAGAAGCAGUGGUUCGGUAGAAGAGGCCACAUCCUGCUGAUUUUUUAUUUUUGUUUUUAGUGCCUUGGUUUUGAACUUGUCUGUUGUUUUAAGGCUGCAUCACAUUUUCUAAAAAGAGGCAUUCAACACUGUAGUUGUGAUGUAUUUGAAGGUAUGUUUGACUUGAGGAAACUCUUUAUGCAGUGUUAGCACUGGAUUAAGUGAUAUGUCAUUUUGGUAAAGCGUUUUCACUUUUUAGUAAGCAUGUCCUGAAUGAACAGAAUCAGAACUAAUCAUUUAUACCAACAACCCCUGAGUAAUAUGCUUUUAUUUGUUCAAGACAGCUGUUACUGUGAGUGAAGUUACUGAGAUAAUAAUCCAGAUUAUUAAGAACAUGCAUUGAAAACAUCAUGUGAUGUGUUAGAAUCAUGUUUAAAGGACAUGUAAGUUUAGUGUUUAGACUGCAGGGGGAGCUGGACUGCAAGUUUGCUCAUGGCUUCAAGCUAAAAAGUGGAAAUGCUUUAAUAUGAUGUAUUGCUACUGAAGGCUGUAAAUGGAUUUAUUAAUCUAUUUGAUUCACGCUGUGCAGAUGUGUUUAAUUUAAUUACCACUGUUGUAUAAUAAUUUAACCUCUAUUUAUGUGGUCUGCAUUCUGUGUAAAUUGUUCUUGAGGAUGAGAUGCACACUCCACAUAACACACUUGAUGGUCCUCAACUUUUUAUGUGUAUGCAAGUUCCUUUCAUUGACCUGUGAACCACUUUUGUCAUGAAGAAUUAAAACAA